AGGCUGCCUCAGCUCCCACCUUUUCACCAUGGACCAAGAUUAUGAAAGGCGUCUCCUCCGACAGAUCAACAUCCAGAAUGAAAACACAAUGCCUUGUGUUGCUGAGAUGAGACGAACUUUGACACCUUCCAAUUCUCCCAUGUCCUCUCCCAGCAAACAUGGAGACCGCUUUAUACCUUCUAGAGCUGGAGCCAACUGGAGCAUUAAUUUCCAUAGAAUAAAUGAAAAUGAGAAAUCACCCAGUCAGAAUCGGAAAGCAAAAGAUGCCACUUCGGAUAACGGCAAAGAUGGCCUAGCCUAUUCUGCCUUGUUAAAGAAUGAGCUUCUAGGAGCUGGGAUUGAGAAAGUCCAGGAUCCUCAGACAGAGGACCGAAGGCUACAGCCCUCCACACCAGAGAAAAAGAGCCUCUUUACAUACUCUCUCAGCACCAAGCGCUCAAGUCCUGAUGAUGGCAAUGAAGUCUCUCCAUAUUCUUUGUCUCCAGUCAGCAACAAAAGCCAGAAGUUAUUAAGAUCUCCACGGAAACCCACCAGAAAAAUUUCCAAAAUCCCUUUCAAAGUCCUUGAUGCCCCUGAGCUCCAAGAUGACUUCUACCUGAAUCUAGUGGACUGGUCUUCCCUCAACGUUCUAAGUGUUGGCCUGGGCACUUGUGUUUACCUCUGGAGUGCAUGUACAAGCCAGGUAACCAGGCUCUGUGAUUUAUCUGUGGAAGGAGAUUCUGUGACUUCCGUAGGAUGGUCUGAACGGGGGAACUUGGUAGCAGUUGGCACACACAAAGGCUUUGUACAGAUCUGGGAUGCAGCUGCAGGGAAGAAACUGUCCAUGCUAGAGGGUCACACAGCCAGAGUUGGUGCAUUGGCCUGGAAUGCAGACCAGCUUUCUUCUGGGAGCAGAGAUAGAAUGAUUCUCCAGAGAGAUAUUCGAACACCCCCAGUGCAGACUGAAAGGCGACUGCAAGGUCAUCGGCAGGAGGUGUGUGGACUAAAGUGGUCCACUGAUCACCAGCUUCUUGCUUCAGGUGGAAAUGAUAAUAAGCUUCUAGUCUGGAAUCACUCCAGUUUAAGUCCUGUCCAACAGUACACAGAACAUCUGGCAGCUGUGAAAGCAAUCGCCUGGUCUCCCCACCAGCAUGGCCUAUUAGCAUCAGGUGGCGGAACAGCUGACCGUUGCAUCCGCUUCUGGAACACACUUACAGGACAGCCCCUGCAGUGCAUUGAUACUGGUUCUCAAGUGUGCAACCUGGCCUGGUCCAAACAUGCCAAUGAACUAGUGAGCACACAUGGAUACUCACAAAACCAGAUCCUCGUCUGGAAAUACCCUUCCCUGACACAAGUAGCCAAAUUGACCGGGCAUUCAUACCGAGUUUUGUAUCUGGCAAUGUCUCCCGAUGGAGAGGCCAUAGUUACUGGUGCUGGAGAUGAAACUCUGAGAUUUUGGAAUGUUUUUAGCAAAACUCGUUCAACAAAGGUAAACUGGGAAUCUGUAUCUGUCCUAAAUCUCUUCACUAGAAUCCGGUAACUCCCCAACCCUGAACACCAGGACCACACUACAUUGUACAGGGAAAAACCACUAAUCAAUGUGCAUGGAACCCCUGUUAUCAGCUGGAAGAGAAAAGGGGUAGGGUGGGUAGGUGGACCUGGAGAAACCUUCAAGAUUCUUAUUAAAUACCUGAUUGUGAACUCUGUUGAACAGUAUUUGGAAAGGGGACAAGGUUGGGAGGAACCACUCAACUCUUAAGAGGAGCCCGUUCUUCACAAAGGGCAAACAGAAGAGAAACAAACUGGGCAGCAUCUGCAUUUCACACGCCAGACAGGAUUGGUGUGGCCAAGACCAGCUCAACUUGAGAACAGGGUCGCCUUUUCUGAUCCA